CUCAGUCAUGUGUGAUAUAGAAGAGGAAUUGCAAAUUUUGUUGUACUAGGGUUGCUGCUUUGUCUCUCAUUGGGUAAUCGCUGCGCGGGGGUGGGGUUUCUGUUCCCUCAGUCUGAAUCCUGCUAUGAGCUUUGUAUUUCAGUGCCAUAGGCUGCAGUUAUGGAGCCGGCGCUUUCAGACCGCUAUGAUCAUGCUCUGCUGGGAAUUUUGCAGCAUGUAGGAAACAUCCAGGACUUUCUAAACGUUUAUUUUGGCUUCUUGUACCGCAAGACAGACUUUUACAGACUCCUCCUCAACCCUCAGGAUCGCCUCGGUUUCCCCCCAGGAGCUGCUCAGGCCAUGGUGACUCAGACUUUUAAAACAUUUGAGAGACUGGCGCUGAAGGACCAUGAGCAGAGGACGCGUGACCUGCAGGAGAAAUUAAAAAAGAGCCAAGAGACGGAGGCAAAGAAUGAGGCAGUACCACCCACAGUCCAGGAAGUCAUCAUUGAGACCCCUGAAGAAGAGACACCACGGGAACAAGACAAGGCAGAAGGAGAGCCGGAACAAAUAGAUUCAAAAGGAAAAGCAGAAGAACCAGAAACCAGUGGAGAUGGCCCAGGACAAGCAGCUGCAGAGCCCAAGGGACAAGAAGACUACCAAGCUGACCCUGACAGUUACAAUGGAGCUGUACGAAAGAAUUACAUUUGGUCUCAGGAUUAUACAGAUGUAGAAAUUAAAGUGCCAGUGCCUAAAGCUGUAGUGAAAGGUCGUCAGGUGACAGUAGACCUGCGCAGUAGCUGUAUCUGUGUGGCAGUAGGAGGAGAAGUAGGAGGAGACCGUGUUCUGAUGCAGGGAAACUUUACUCAUAAAAUAAAUGCAGAGACAUCUCUCUGGAGCCUGGAACCUGGAAAGUGUAUUGUGAUCAACUUGAGUAAGUGCGGUGAGGUUUGGUGGAACGCUGUAUUGGAAGAUGAAGAAAAAAUUGACAUAGACAAGAUUAACAAAGAGCGCAGCAUGGCUACUGUGGAUGAUGACGAACAUGCCGUUUUGGACCGACUGACAUUUGAUUAUCACCAGAAGCUUCAGGGGAAGCCUCAGAGCCAUGAGCUGAAAGUGCAUGAAAUGCUGAAGAAAGGAUGGGAUGCAGACGGAUCGCCAUUCAAAGGGCAGAAUUUUGAUCCAAGCGUAUUCAACAUCUCACCAGGGUCCGUUCAGUUCUGAGCUCAGUGGGCAUGUACUGGAAAUCAUCUGUGCCCUAGCUUCUGUUUACUGCUUCCCAGCUGGGAUACGAUGCCUUUUCUUAAUCAAGUUUCAUGUCUUUUUGGUAAAUACAUGACUUUGGUGCUUGCUGAGACUGAACCUCUUUCUACCUGAAACGGACACUGUGUAUCAGCGUACUUACACACGUAUAUGGUUUUUAUUUAACUAGUCAUCUGUAUAAGGUGGGGUCUGAUCAGUCUGUAUAUAAUUAUAAUGACAGCCUACCAUGCAUUUGCACCAGGGGCUACAUCCUAUUUCACUUGUGUGCCACAAAGUCAUUUAACGUGCUAGCCUUUUAUUCCCUUAAUUAGGGACAACAGCAAAAAUGUAAUUUUCUAGUGCAGGAAGUGUCACCUGAUUCUUCUAUGCUCUGUCCUGUUUCAGAGAAAAAUAGAGCACAACAGCAGAGGGCGCUCCUGUUAAACAUUCAUGAUAUUAGCCAUGUAAAAACUGCUGAUACGAAGUCUAAAACAAAUGCAAAUAAUUUAUGUAAAUUAAAAAAAGUGCCCAGGAGAGUAAUUUGACAUUGUUAUAUACAGUAGUUGAAUAUAUUUCCUUUUUAAUUGUAAUAUUUGGCAGGCAGAUGGGAGCGCACUGGAUCAAAAAUGAUCUCCUAAAGCCGUUUACAGACGUCAGUCCCACACAACAUGACUAAAACAACAUAUUUAUAUAUUCACUAUGGGUAAAAUGUUCUUUAACCCUAUAGUGUUUACAUACGGGGGAAGUACACACAUUUAUUCAUUUAGAGCCAAUAAAUAAGAAUUUGGUUGGAAA